AUGGAUUGUUACUCAGAGUGUUGUAAACUUGUACUUUGCUGCGAAGACGAUGUAGAUAUCCUUGAAUCGGUAAAGAUCAGGUGCAAAGUUAUUAAGGUCGAAGCUCCUCUAACUCAUCAGGUAAUGGAGGUGCUUGUCCAGAUAGCAAAGAGAGAAGGUUUCGAGUUGUCAACGAGCUUUGCUGCUAAGAUUGCUAACAAAUCAAAGCAGAAUCUUAGGAGAGCAAUCAUGGCACUUGAAGCCUGCAAAUUACACAACUAUCCUUUUGUCGAGGACCAACCUAUUCCAAUGGGAUGGGAAGAAGCAGUUGAGGAACUUGCUGCCGACAUUUUAGCUGAUCCUUUACCCAAGAGAUUAUUUAUCAUUCGAGAGAAGAUUCAAAAACUUGUGACAGAUUUUGUUCACCCUAAACUGAUUCUGCUGAAGCUGGUGGAACAAUUCAUAAUUUGUGGAGUUGAGGCUAAUUUGAAAAGGGAAAUCUACUAUUGGUAUGCUUACUAUGAUAAGAGACUCCCAAGUGGAACAAGUGCCUUGCUCAAGUUACAAGGUAAUUAA